UAAGCUGUUUGGAGAAGACAUCAUGUAAUUUCUUAAUUCACUACCCCAAUAUUGCAAGCAAUCAUGGACUCAUUUAAGACUCCUCUGGAAAGACUCCUGGACAAUCUAGAGUGCCACUUCACCUGGAUUCUCAGUGGCAAUGUUCGCUAUGUGCAAGAUUAUUUGGAGGACUGCAGUCAGCAUGAUUGUGCUUGGGAGGGGCACCUGUACAACCUACUGGGUUACAUCACCUACCACAUCAGCAAAUCCCCAGAGGAAGCUCUGACGUACCUGCGAAAGGCUGAGGUGGCGCUCAAAGGACAUAACAUGGAGGGGAGAGGACCACGCCUUCUGGUGAACCAGGCAAACCUGGCCUGGGUGCAUUACCUUUUGGGUGAGCAAGCAAAGAGCGAAGAUUAUCUGAAGGAAGUGUCUAGGCUCCAGGAGGAUUUUCCUGCCCCACCCGGUUGUGAUCUGCAUCCAGAGGUAUAUGGGGAGAAAGGCUGGACUCAGGUGAAGUUUGACAAUGAGUUCAGGCAAAAAGCAAUAGAUAACUUUGAGCUGGCUUUGAGAGGAGACCCAGACAGGAAAGGGUGGCAUACAGGCCUUGCUCUGGCCAAGUAUAGAGUUCUUUUUGAGACAGGGGAUGAAGAGUUGAGAGAGGAAAUCAUACAGCAAAUCAAACGUGCCAAGACAAUGGAUCCAGAUAACCUACGCCUGGCAGCUGUCUACUUGGCAGCAUUGGCAGAGGUUGGCAGAAACACAGAGGCCACAAUGAUAGAUGCUCAUGACCUAGUUCAGAGGCUAAGACCAAUGCUUCAUGGCCUUGGAGAAGUUCUUUAUUUCUUUCGUUUACAGUCACUGGAUUCAGCUGUGGAAGUUGCAGAAGAGAUGGUGAGGAAAUACCCCUCUGAAAGAGAAGCCAAAAAGCAGCUGGCAGUUCUUUAUAAAAUUAAGAUUUUUAAAUCGCAGCAUACGCAGGGUAACACAGAUUACAGGGAGCUGAUGAGAAAAUGCAUCCACAUUUAUGAAGAGGUCACCAGUCUUUACUCAUACUACUAUAGGGGGGAAAUGAUUCUUGCAGAUAUCUAUUUCCUUUCUGGAAACACAAAGAAAGCAGAUCAAAUAUAUAUGGAUCUUCUCAAGGAGGAAGAUCUGGAUCCUGCAACUCUACGUCUGUUAUAUUUUAAGUAUGGGAAUCAUCUCUGGUAUAAUAAAUCAUCUUACGAGUCCAUUGACUACUACAAAAAAGCUGGCGAAAUCCCUACACAUUCUUUGAAGAGAAACAAAAGCAUCCAAAUUCAACUUGCAGAUAUUUAUGCCCAUUCUGGGAACACAGAGAAAGCAGAUACAAUAUAUAUGGAUCUUCUCCAGGAGAAAGAUCUAGAUCCUGCAACUCUACAGCUGUUAUAUUAUAGGUAUGGAAAUCAUCUCAAUUAUAAAAAAAAAUCACCUAACGAGUCCAUUGAUUACCACAAAAAGGCUGCAGAAAUCCCUACACAAUCUUUGGAGAGAAAGAAAAGCAUCAAAAUUCUCAGUUCAGUUGCUAAACGUAGCUACCAUCCAAGACGUGAUGAAAUCCAAGCCUUUCUGCUCAGACUUGAACAGAACUGAUUUUCUGUUGCUGGUCUGUUUGUUCAUACAGAUAGUUUUAAAGAUUUAAUAUCGAGAUACUUCUGGAAUGUAAUGAACACAUGAACGAUGCAAAGAUGAUUGAAAAUACAUCAGUUAUUUUCACACUCAAAUAAUGGAAAAUAUAUGCUGAUGUUCACAUGAAACUAAUUCAAUUCAUAAUUCAGUGUUUAAAAUGUGUUUAAGCGUCCCGUGUAUGUUAUAAUGCUCACUGUAAU